AUGAGCUUUGGAUUCAGCGUUGGAGACUUCAUUACCGUUAUUGAGCAUGCCAGGAAGAUCCGAAAAGAAUUUUUGGGAGCGCCUGCUCAAUUCAAGACUAUUACAGAUGAAUUCAGAAACCUCUCAUUCGCGAUGCAAGAUGUUGAAGUUAAUUUAUCCAGCAAAGAGCUAAAUGUUCAAGAGAAAACCGAGCUACAAAGGAUAAUAGGAAGCUGCCGUAACCUCCUCGCUGAAACUGAAUGGACGAUUGACAAAUACAAGGAGCUGGACGCUGAUUCCAACAACGCAAAGAACAUUCUGAAAAGGGCAUGGAAAAGGUUGAGCUGGGAACCGGAGGAUAUUCGCGAUCUUCGACUCCGUAUCAGCAGUAAUGUUGGCUUUCUCAACUCAUUCAAUGGGCGCAUCGUUUGUUCGGAUGUCACAAGACUGGUGAAACACCAAGAUGAUCAGCAAUACGAGAUGAUACUUAACUGGCUUUCCCCAGCUACUUAUGCAAUGAAACAAAGCGAGUACAGCAGUCGACGCCAACAAGGAACUUGCAAAUGGCUUCUAGAUACACCAGAGUUUCAAAAGUGGAUUGUCUCACCAAACCAGACAUUGUUCUGCCCUGGUAUUCCAGGUGCUGGAAAAACCAUCCUUUCAUCUGUCAUCGUCGACGAGAUUUAUUCCCGAUACGGAAACGACAGUGAAGUUGGGAUUUCAUACCUCUAUUGCGACUACCAACGCCGUGAGGAGCAAAAGCUCGAAGACCUACUCGCAAGCCUGCUCAGGCAGUUUAUCCAGGUGCAGACAUCCUUGCCUGACAGCAUAAAAAUCCUUCACGAUAAACACAGAAUCAAAGCAACGCGGCCGUCAAUCAGCGAAAUACGCAGUGCUUUAUAUUCGAUUUGCCGUCACUUUUCACGAAUAUAUAUUGUAAUUGACGCUUUGGACGAAUGCCAAACCUACGAUGGGUCUCGGUCGAAAAUUCUAGACGAGAUAUUCAACCUUCAGCUCCAAUAUCCCGUGGGAUUCCUAGCAACUUCAAGAUUCAUCCCAGAUGUUGUCGCCAAGUUUCAACAUAAGACUACACUAGAAAUUCGUGCAGCAAAGCCAGACAUGAUGAGAUAUCUGAACGCCAAUCUGGAUAAGUUACCGUCAUUCGUCUCAAGAAAUCCAGAACUACAGGAGGAGAUAGUUACAGGGAUCGCCAACGUUGUUGAUGGGAUGUUUCUCCUUGCCCGACUUUAUCUUGAUUCACUGGUAGGAAAGAAGUCCCGAAAGGCGAUUCGCACCGCACUUAAGGAGCUAUCUGCUGGAUCAAAAACUUAUGAUGAGGCAUAUAGUAAUGUUAUGGAGUGCAUUGACGCGCAAGUACCAGACCAGAGGGAGAUGGCCAAAGACAUUUUGUCGUGGAUUACUUGUGCAACCAGACAGCUUACCACAGUGGAGCUCCAGAAUGCUCUUGCCGUAGAGCUAGAGUCGUCUGAGUUCGACCAGGAGAACCUCCCUGACCUCGAUGACAUGGUCUCCGUGUGUGCAGGCUUGGUCACAAUUGAUGAUUACAGUGGUAUGAUUCGACUGGUCCACUAUACGACACAGGAAUACUUCCUGCGAACAUGGACAAGGUGGUUCCCAGAUGCACAUUAUAGCAUUGCGGCUUCAUGUUUGACGUAUCUCUCAUUUGAUUCUUUCAAAGAAGGUCCUUGUGCCGCUGAUGAGGAGUUCAACGCACGACUGGAGAGUUACCCCAUUUAUUCCUAUGCCGCCCAAAACUGGGGUCUACAUGCAAGGGAAGUGUAUCUGAAGGUCAAAGCGUUAAUAUCCAGAUUCCUUCACUGUGGCCCAGCGCGUGCCAGUGCAGCACAGGUUCUAUUGGCACGAGGUUCACCUUUCGGUGCAGGCAGAAAAACACAAGGAAUCAUGGGAAUACAUCUCGCGGCAUAUUUCGGCAUAAAUGAGCAAGUCAUAGACUUUCUGAGAGAUGAAGCAUGUCGUAGUGCAGUGGAUAGCUUUGGACGAACCGCAUUACACUGGGCAGUGAUGGGUGGGCAGAUACGGACCGCUGAGGAACUUCUUCAUGAAGGACUUGAUGUGAAUGCAACUGAUACGGAGUACAAAUCGGCCCUGCAUUACGCAGCAAGUGAAGGCGACACUACGCUGAUCUGCCUCCUCUUAAGUAAAGGUGCACUUACCGAGCUUAGGGAUUUGGAUGGGCAGACUCCCCUACUGGCUGCAGCAGACAACUUUAAAGUUGCCGCUGUAAAAGAGCUCCUGAGCGCUGGAGCCACAGUUAAUGCACUGGAUGCGAUGAAUCGAAAUGCAUUACAUUUGACAGUGAUUGGCGCAAGGCCAGACACUGUUUGCCUGGCAGAACUGCUGUUAUCGCGAGGCAUUAACGCUACCUGGUGCGAUGUUGAUAACAUGACUCCACUCCACUAUGCAGUCGCAACCGGAGGUCGCCAGGUUGCGGACUUACUUCUCCAGGCGGGCGUCAAUAUCAAUUCUGGCAUCGAGAGGAAAGUCUGGACCAGGAUCGUCAAAGACGGGAAAAUCCUCUACCAGGAACAUCAGCUGGCUGACUCGGCGAAGCAGAGAAUUGGGGAUGCCGCCGGCCUCACGCCGCUGCACUUCGCAGCUUGCACUGGCCAUUGUGCAAUGGCAGAAUAUCUCUUGAGCAAGGGCGCUAAUCCAAAUGUGCGCUCUCAGAACGGGGACACGCCGCUACAUUUUGCUCUGAGCCAGGGUAUCAGAAAGAGCACCAAGAGUUGGAAUAUUUUGCCAGAUGAUGACGCCUGGACAGACAACAGGUGGCAGGUGGAACUUUCUGUCGAUUACAUAUCCGACGACUAUGGAGACGAAGCAGAUGAGAUUUGUCAGUAUAUUGACGAACAGCGAUUUGGGGUAUUCAAAGCACUCCUUGCAAGCAGCACCAUCGACGUGAAUAUCCAGAAUGCUGAAGGCGAAUCUCCACUUCAUAAAAUUCAAUUUAAUAAAAGUGACGCUGAAGUGGUUUUUGACACACUACUCGCGAAGGGGGCUAAUGUUUUCGCGCCCAACUUGAAAGGUCAAACAGCACUACACCUCGCGUGCAGUGCAGGAGCUUUAACAAUUGUUCGCAAGUUACUUGACAGUGGUUGCUCCAUUGAAACCGUGGAUGCCGAGGGCCUGACAGCUUUACACUAUGCUGUGCGCGAACAUAGGUGUGACACAGUACGGGCGAUCCUUGGCAAGGAUGAGACUGCAAGUCAACAACUCUGCCUUGAAACAGAUACACGAGGGCAGAUCCUUGAUGCAUCACUAUCUGAAAUCUGGUUUCUGUUCCAUUGA